UUUCAAAAGAAGCGGCAUUUCCUUACAGUCUCGUUUGCUGCCAGCCUUUAUUCAAUGGGCCUUAUGCAUUUUCGGUCGUGUUUGCUGCCCAUCGUUACGCUGUUCGCUGCAACGCUUGCCGAUCCGUCCAAUGAAUUCGAGGCCGAAUGUCAUCCUCCAUCCGCAUCAAGCGAGCCGUUGCUGCCGCCGAUGAAUUUCUCCUUCCGCACGGACAACCUGACGGAAACCGAAUACCAGUCUUAUGUUGCUGCGCGGGACAAUGCCACAGCCCAGUGCUGCCCUGUCCGAUUAGAGUCCUAUUCCAACAGCGACCCGCACGGAUCGUUCGCGAAGUCUCUGAGCCAUGUCAGUGUGGUGUGUGACGGAGAUGGAUUGCGUUCGUCCUCGCCCGCGUCACGCGCAACGUGAACCAGAUUAGUCCCAACCGCGCGGUGCUGCUCAUGCUGAAAGAACGCGCCGAUGCAGAAGACCCCAUACAUUCUGACGUCAUGGGUCCGGUGCGUCAGUAAUUAGUGGAGCUGGUGGUCAGCCGCUGUGUGACGCCGGGCGUUACCGCCAAGAUCCACGCUGCCGGGGCCCUGGAGAACUUAAUAGCGUUGAAAGUGGAAGCCUGCCGGAAUUUGGUGAUAGAAAAGCAGCAUUUUGCCGGGAUCCGGAACGUCAAGAUGAUCACCAUGACUGCCUCCACCAUCGCCGCGCUGGAAGCGUACACCUUCACUGAUCUGCCGCAACUGGAAAGCCUGAUGCUGGAGUAUGGACUGCGUCAGGAACUGAAACAACUACAAGAUGGAGAUUCCAGUGAGGAGAUCAUGCCGGCCAUAUUAACCCAGGCGGACUUUGUCGUCGUUCGCCGGUUGCAUUGUGACUGCUCGUUUGCCUGGUUUCGCAAUUUUCUGAAGCGCAAACCCCACUUGACGUCUGCUAAACGACGGGGUGCAGUGGCGACGAUCGGGAGCUAUAAGACGUCUGUGAUCCUCAAUUAUGCCGACAUGCCCAGUGUUCUCAGUGUGGAUUGUUCCCGUGACCUGACGUUCGAUAACAUCCAGGCUGGCACCCAGUUUUCGUACAACACGUCCUGCAAUAAUUCACCGCAGUGCUCGGUGGCAUAGCCCCUAUGGAACCGUAGUAAUUUUUCAACUGGGACUCACCACAAUCAAGGAAACAUUAAAAAAUAAUCCGGUAAAAACCAUCUGCCUAUUCAAUAAGUGCGAGUUAUGUACGAUAUUACGAGUAUUUAACCAAUAAAAAUAGGACAACAAUAUUAUUUUGCAUGAUUCACAUUUCACGUGGCAUGAACGAGUGGUUUCCGUAACAU